UUGCACCCUCAGAUUCACCCCUAGAUAUAUAACAUUUUUCCUGCCGUAUGUUAUCAAUCGCUGGUGUUCGCUCGCGGCUUGCGGUCGGGUUCGUGUUCUUGAAGAGGUCGCUGCUGGGGGCUUGCUGCCCCUGAACACCUAUGAUGUCAACUCUAUCACCAGCUGAGGCCGCAGCCCCUUCGUUUCCAGCAUCAAAUACUCCUAGAUUUCAGAACGCAGCCACCCCUUGUUCAAAUGUACUCCACUAAAGGCAAUUCAGAUUUCUGAAAAAUCUCAUCCACAAAGUGAGACUAUCCAACUCUUUGGCAUCUGAGGCAGUUGCUGGACCACACCCAUCUUCUUCGGCCUCGCUGUCGGUGCUUCCAUCAUCUCUGACGGCCUCGGCUGUCAGAUACAAGAAAAUCGUCGAACUGUAUAUGUAUUUCCCGAUGCCUGCAACAAUAUCAGCAAAGCUCACCGAGAUCGAUUUCCUGCGCUUAAGGAUAUACUGCAAAGAAAUAUCGAGGAUGCGCCCAGUCUUUCCAACUUGCACAGCCCCAUUAGCUAUCAAUUGCUUUUGUGUGGUCCUCACUUGGAAGCAGCCAUUCCAUCUAUAGUGAUCUUUUGUCCGCGUGAUAGACUGAGGAAACUGAAAUCGCUCUUGACACAGCCACACAUUAAAUCUCAAUUCGAGCCAGAACCCAAUACUUCAGAUUCCGUCGACUUUGGACUUUUUUUCUGGGGCCAAUCUAUUGAAAUGCUGGCAGUUCACCAUUCCCGAGAGGGAGGCCACCGACAACAUUACAGGCGAUGCGAACGCACGACGUGCACCAUGGGGCGUCCGCAUAAUCGAUACUGUCUCAGGACACUCAUCAACUGCAACGAUAAGCUGCAUUGUGAAAAUCGCCGGAGUUCGAUUCGGACUUACCACGGCACAUUCCUUCCGCCGGCCUCAGGGUACCUUCAUUGAAAACUACAGUAUCGGCAGUGCUUAUACUGACGCAGACGACGAUGAAAGCGACACAUUCACGGAAUGGGAUGGCCAUGAAGAAGCGUUGAUUGAUUUGGCCGAAGUCCGGCCCUUCAACAGUGGCAGGGAGGAGAUCCGACUUGGGAAUAUUCACGCUUAUAUACCUCCCCGUGCGGAUACGUCAGCGUGGGCACAACAGCAUGCAGACCUUGAUUGGGCGCUUCUGAUGAUGGGAUUCAAGGGAAACGAACCAUCGCUUUCUGAGACUGAAGCUCAAGCUCUACCCAUCGCGAGUCACCUGCCUCCAGAGCUUCUCGAUGUACUGAUCAUUACAAGGGCACACAGUUAUGUGCACGCAAUCCUGUACAACACUCCUUCAUUCAUAGCAGGGGUAAAAGGUUCACAAGCAGCCGAAGUUUGGACAGUAACUUGUGUGUCCCAAGGUACUCCUAUACUGAAGGGUGAUUCCGGCUCCAUGGUCAUUGAUGCCCGAUCUGGUGAGCUUUACGGCAUGGUUAUGGCUGCCAAUCCUCUUGGAGACAUUCACAUUAUUCCUUUUGCUGCAAUCGUCGCGCAGAUAACGGAGUUCUUCGAGACUCAAAAAGUUUCUGUCCAUAUCCUACCGAAUGGCUUGUCUGUAUCAACCACUAGACCUCCCAGUGACAUUGACAGCACGGAGAAGGAAAGAAGACCGAGCGAACGUUAUUCUGCAUUCAAGACUCGGUUUGGUAACUUUUUGGAUGACUCGAACCGUAUUCCGGAACUACAAUACCAGGGCCAUUCUACGGAUGGAGAUCAAAGAGUCCAAGAGAUGGUAGCACGUAUGAAUCAAAUUCUAAAGAAAUUCGAGAAGAAGUUUAAUGGGGAAGUUUGA